CAGUCAAUAGCUUGGUCAACGCUCACAGCGCGAGCAUGAGGUCCCCAACGCUUUUUAUAUUGUUACCGGCAGUGAUUUCAAUCGCAAUCGCUGUGCCAUUGAACGAAGUGUCUGAUUCGGAUGAAGAUAAUUACCAUCCGAGGUUCCCGGAGGACGAUUGCGUGCCGACAAAUUCUCGCAAUGCGCAGCUCGAACAAACCAUCAACUAUUGGCGGAAUAACGCGAAGGCAACUCUCGAGAAACUGGUUGAUCGCAAAGAAAAUCGAAACGUUGCCAAAAAUGUGAUACUAUUCAUGGGCGAUGGGAUGUCCAUUUCGACGGUUGCGAUGGCGCGCGUCUACGCUGGUGGUGAGGAGAAGCAGCUUUCCUUCGAUCACUUCCCGUACAUCGGGAUGUCGAAGACCUACUGCGUGGACUAUCAGGUUCCCGACUCGGCUUGUACCUCAACGGCGUAUUUGACCGGUGUGAAGGGUAACUACGAUACCAUUGGAGUGAACGCACAGGUACCGGCUCUGAAUUGUACGGCACAGUUGGACAAGAGCACCCAUACCCAUUCGAUCGCAGUGUGGGCAAUGGAUGCUGGCAAGGACGCCGGGCUGGUUACGACAACUCGUGUUACGCAUGCUUCCCCUGCUGGAGUGUACGCUCAUACGGCGUAUCGGGAUUGGGAGAGUGAUUACUGGAUUAAGAGGGAUGGAUGCGAUCCGAAAGUGUUGGAUGACAUUGCGCUGCAACUGGUACAUGGUGAAACUGGAAGUCGUUUGAAGGUCAUGCUGGGGGGAGGGCGCCGGGAAUUUUUAGGUGACCAUCCAGACCCCGAAUACGGGGACCGAGGGCUCAGAGAGGAUAACAGAAAUUUAAUAGAAGAGUGGUUGAGCUUAGGUGGUGGCAGAGAAAAUCGAACCUUCGUCUGGAACAAGCAAGAUUUACUGGCGCUGGAUCCGUUGAAAACGGAUAAAUUACUGGGUAUGUUCGAGCCAGCCCAUUGCGCAUAUAACUUGGAUCGCGUGCAUAAAAAUAUGGAAAGGGAACCAACUUUGGCCGAAAUGGUUGACAAGGCGACCGAUGUGUUGAGCAAAAGCGAGAAAGGCUUUUUCCUGUUUGUCGAGGGUGGUCGGAUAGAUCACGGUCAUCACGACAACUGGGCUAAGCUGGCGAUUGACGAAACGUUGGAAUUUUCGAAGGCAGUCGAUCUUGCUCGCAAGAAAUUUAACGAAGAAGAUACUCUGAUCGUGGUCACGUCCGAUCAUUCGCAUAGCGUCAGCUAUUCGGGUUACGCGCGUCGUUCCAACGAUAUCUUCGGAACAGCUGGAACCGGUGACGAUAAACUUCCGUACAUGACGAUCAGCUACGCAAACGGACCCGGAUUCGAGGAUCAUAUUGACAGGGAGAAGAAGCGCCGGAAAGAUGUUCGCGAGAUGGAUACCUCUCCGGACAACUUGCGGUUUCCAACGACCCUCCCGCUCAAGUCGGAGACCCAUGGCGGAGAGGACGUAGCGGUGUACGCAUCUGGACCUUGGGCGCACCUCUUCACGGGAACAUACGAGCAGAAUGCCAUUCCUCACAUAAUGGCCUACGCGGCAUGCAUCGGCGAUGGGCUGAGGGCCUGUGAGGUGUAAUAGCUCGGGGUCAACUGUGUUAGGCUUUGCAUUUUAAUCUCUUUAAAUUAAACUUAUCGCGGUGUUAUUUAUCAAGAGAUGGCACUGAAUAGUCUCGUGAUAGCGUGACAGAUUUACGGGAGGUAUAAGGCAAUCGAUUAUUUAGUUCUAUAGAUAGCAGAGCUAAUUAAGUGAUCUACAUGACUGAUAACAAUUUGAUUUGUUGCUUCGAACUGUAAACAAGUUAUACAUCGGACCUACGCAAAUACAGAUUGGCUGCACUCAAGACUCAAAUUGAUUAGACCUUCCGGUCUGCAAUGAACGUGAUGUUUGUCAAUGAUUAUAAGAUGUUUUGAUAAUGCAAUCUAUUGAGAGUGGGGACACGUGUUUCAACUUGUUCUGUAUUUAUUUACAACCCAAUUGAUUUGAAACACUUAGAAGCUGUUGAUUUACAGAUAAUUUGACUAAUUAAGCUCAAAUAAUCGUACGGAUCGUACGAGUGAAAUAUCUCUUAAAAGAAUGUAAAAAAUAUUAUAGGAGGAGAUGUCCAAGGCACGACUGCUUUGGUUACGUAGGACUACGAAAUUAUUUUGACCAAUUCGUUUGAUUAUAACUUCCGAUAUCAUUUUAGAACGUGAAAAUAUAUAAAUAACUCUUUAAUAUAAAGUUUGGGUGGCCCUAAAAAGUUGACGAUAGUUGACGUGGUUUUGUUGAAGCAGUUGGAGAAGGUUGAUUGGAGAUUCAUUCUUGGCCUCGCGAGAACAAUACAAAAGCGUGCCAUAUGCUACAAUUUGUUUCCUUAUGUCAAUGCACGUAUUGCGCUGGGUAUUCAUCGCGACCCAUACUUCGGCGGUCUUUUUCACGCUUGACGUACGUUCGGUCACAGGCGAAUAUAGUUUGUUCCACCGGCACUAUUCUUUCACAUUUCCCAACCACCUGAAUCUACCUUUGGCAACAUAAUUGAACAGAACUGCAUCACCGAGUGGGUGUUAGAUCGAUAGCACGAGAGUGCAGGCUCUGAUUGGGUGGUACCUGUAAGUCCACAGCGGAAACUCUUUUGGUGAAAUAGUUCUGAAAAGAACUGAUAAAUUAGCUCCUUCAGCGUAGUAAACGUGGAAUAAAACAUGAUGCGACAGUAGCGAAUCAUAAGCACAAGCUAUGUACUUUCGUUCAGGUUGGACGGGAAAGUUGAAACUUGUUUGCUACUGCUACCGACGUUGUUGCCGCUUUGCUACCGCUCCUAUUGCUGAUGUUGGGCAUAAUCGACGUCUUUUGGUGUUAACUGGCUCGCGGUUAGGAAAUGACUGAUCGCUUCGCUACAG